AAAUUUUUAAAAAUGGAUGCUUAUUGACUGUCCAAGAGAAGUUUAAUAAAUUUCAUUGUCUGGUUCAUAGUCUGAAUGAUAGGAGUUUUUCUAACUUGGCCAAAGUAUUAUGAUCAAACACAAGACGCGCACAACUAUAAUUCUCUCGUAGAAGAGAUCUUCGCACUCAAGUACCCAGAUAUCUUGAUAGACAAAGAUGUGAUAAAGAAGUUCAAACAGCCAUGAAUGCCUGAGAAGAAAGGAUCUCGGAACUCUUUUUGUUUGGAUCAUGAUUCUACAGUCUUGGAUGCGUUAUAUUUUCUCAAAGAAAGAUAUCACAAGCAAGUGAAAACUUCUUCAGAAAGUUUAUCUGGAGUAUUCAAUCUGAAGUGGAUUAAUCGGAAGAAAAGUGCUCUAUAUUUAAAAUAUUUUAAAGCAAAUAACACACUUCUAAUCUCUGGCGAUGCUCAGACGGACAACAACAGAGAGCGAGCAGAGAGGUUCAAGUUUAUACUAGAGAAAUUGCUUCUGAAUUCAGAGAUUUUGCAGCCAAAAUUAGACACUUAUGGAGAAUUUAAAGUCAAGCGGAAGCUUGAUGUCACUAUUCAUCUUCCUUUAAGUCACAGAGAAGCUAGAGAAGACAUAGCGAAACUUUUUGUAAAUGCUAAGAAAAUGCCGUUUUUUGAAUUUGUUAAUGUAGCAGUGAAGCUAACUAAGAACUCUGAAUUGGCAAACUUGGAGUUGAAUGAUGUCAGGAAUUAUGUUACUCAAGAUUUACCACAGCAAUUUACAUCUUUGAAUAUAUACCUAACUUCGGAGGCGUCUGAAGGUUACAAUUAUGUAAAAACAAAUGAUCACAAGUAUGCAAUUAUACAUUCUUUGGAGAAACUGGAUGCAAAAUCCGCAUUAGAACUUCUUAGCUUCUUUACACUAAACCUACUGAGUAUAACUCCUAAUCUGCAGAUUAAGAGGGCUGCUUCUGUUGCAAACAUUCGGCUUGAGAUGGGAGAGGAUUUUUUUCAUGACGAAAUGGAGAUAUUUAAGGAAAUACAAAGAUCAACUCAUGCGAAGAUUGCUCUACAACAUCUUGCCUCUACUGGCCAGCUUUCUGAUUCUGAUCAAGCUCGAGAGAAAAUAGAAUUAUAUAAAAACUCUCCAGUAAAGCAAAUAAUCCUAAUGGAAAGAACUGAAAAUAUAAUAUCAAAAGAGAUGUACCAGCAACUAGACUUCCCUAUCGAAUUCCAACUUGCUCUGUUCGUGGCCUUUUUCACCCCCUUCAUUGCCAAAUUCGGAGGUGCCUUGUGGUCAUAUCUAAAGUACAAAAUCUCCUAAAACUGCUUAAUUUCC